AAUCUAAAAGUAUCCAAUAAUAACCUAAUUACAAUUCGUUCACGCUACCUCGCCGCAACGCCGUCGUUUCAACACCGCAACCGCCACAACAAUGCUUUCUCCUCCUCUUCCUCUUCCUCCGCCUCUCCGUUUCCAUCUCCAUUUUCCACCACCGGACAAAAGAGGAGUAUGUUUAUCCAAACGCAAUCCACUCCCAAUCCAGAAUCUCUCAUGUUUCAUCCCGGUAAGGCGGUUAUGGAUAUUGGAAGCGCCGAUUUCCCUAACGCUCGUUCCGCCUUGAAUUCUCCUCUCGCCAAAUCGCUCUUCGCUGUUGACGGAAUUACUCGUGUUUUCUUUGGAUCCGAUUUUGUUACAGUUACCAAAUCGGAAGAUGCUUCCUGGGAAUUUCUUAAGCCGGAAAUCUUUGCUGCUAUUAUGGAUUUCUACUCUUCCGGUGAACCUCUUUUUCUAGAUUCUCAAGCUGCUGCAUCCAAAGACACCGCAAUUCACGAUGAUGAUUCUGAAACAGUUGCAAUGAUCAAGGAACUUUUAAAGACUCGUAUUCGACCAGCUGUACAAGAUGAUGGUGGGGACAUUGUAUGGAACUUUAUGAAUUUUAUGUAGUAUAGCACACGAUAAUCUUCAAAAAGACCAAAUUUUGAAAUUUUAACAAACUUCAUGGCUUUUAUGUAGUAUAACACACAAAAAUUUAAUAAAAUAAAUAUAUGAAAGUUUAACGAGCUUCUGACUUUUAUAUAGUAUAGACUACGACAAUCUUCAAAAAGAUCAAAUUUUGUAAGUUUAACGAGCUUCGUGACUUUUAUGAAAUAUACCACACGAAAAUCUUCCAAAUACCAAUGUAUGCAUGUUUAACGAACUUUGUGUAUGUUAGUUAUAUAGUAUUACAGACGAAAAUCUUCGAAAAUACCAAAGUUUGCAAAUUUAACAAACUUCGUGACUUUUAUGUAGUAUAGCACACGAAAAUCUUCAAAAAGAACUAAACUUUCAUAGUUUAACGAACUUCGUGACUUUUAUGUAGUAUAGCACACGAAAAUC